AUGUACGAAUGCUUCCUCGAAAUCGCGUUCGAAGCAGAGUUGAAUACAAACGAGGACCCCGAGUGCCUCGCCAUGGCGCACGAACUAUGUAAUGAGAAUCCGUCUACCAGGAACACAGUCAUUAUGGAGUUUAGAAAAAUGCUGUAUGAACGCGAGGAAUGCAACCCUCACCGGACUGACGACGCUUUUCUCCUACGAUUCCUUCGAGCACGGCAUUUUAUUGUACCACGUGCUCAUAAACUUUUGGUACGUUACUGCAACUUUCGCACGCAAUACCCGCAUCUUUACGAGGGUGUCGACCUAUGGGGUCUCACAAAGGUGAAGGACGCGUAUGAGGGUUCAAUGUUGGACCGACCUGAUGUUGGUCGUUUAUCGAUUUUUAGGUUUGGAACAUGGGAUCCAAGCGAGUUUUCCGUUGAUGAGCUGGUACGGGCUGGGAUGGCUCUAACUGAAAUAGGAAUCCGACAACCUAAGAUCCAAGUCUUGGGCGGGACAGUCAUUGUCGAUCUGGAGGGGAUCACCCUAAAACACGUUUCUACUUUGACUCCAACUAUCGCACACCAGAUAGUUAGCUUAAUGGGGGUGGCAGUGCCAGCCCGUCUCCGAUCCUGUCAUAUCAUAAACUACAACUGGCUGCUCAACACUUUCUUCUACAUCUUCAAGCGGUUCAUCCCUCAACAAACGUGGGAUCGCAUAUUCUUCCACGGUCACGACCUCAAGUCCCUGCACCAGCAUAUAGAUCCUGCAUGUCUCCCGACGAGAUAUGGAGGCACUUGCAGGAACCACGUGUCUAUCGGGAAGUGGUUUCAGAAGAUAAAGAAGUACAGAGACGCUCAGUUUGACAAGGAGAUGAAAGCGUUAGGGUACCUUGUGAAGGAAUGA